UUUUGACAGUUAAAGGAUCAUUCCUUUUCUUUGAAAAUAAAAAAUGUCGUUUGAUAACAGUUAUAGUGAUAUUAAACUUGCUGAAAAAAUAAAACGGGAAAAUCCUGAACAAUUCCAUACUUUAGUCCGAAUGCAUCUGUCUUUUGUUUUGGAUUUACAAACUGAUGAUAAUGAAUGUAUAUCAGAGAAAGCAAAAUUUAAAAAAUGGGGCUUAUUCCCAAAAAAAUCAAAAUGCCGUGGUGUUAUGGAAGGAGCCCCUUUAACUCAGGAAGGAAUAUGUCAGGUUUACCAAUUAAUCGAAUUUUUAUCAAAGGAACCAAAUAUAAAUCAAGAAGGUAUUUUUCGACGAACGGGUUCAUUAAAUCGUCAACAAGAGUUACGAGCUUUAUUAAAUACGGGUCAAACGUUAGAUUUAGAUUCAGGACCGUACAGUGUUCAUGAUUGUGCGUCGGUGCUAAAAGGAUUUCUUGCUGAGUUACCAGAACCGUUGUUAACCGAUGCACAUUAUACUGCACAUUGUCAAAUUGCUGAACUUUGUGGAGGAAUUGGAAACAAUACAACGGUUACAAACGAACCACGAUUAUUACGAUCCUUACAACUAUUAUUAUUGCUAUUACCGGUUGAAAAUCGUGUUUUACUAAAAGAUGUCUUAGAAUUAUUAAAUUUAGUUGCAUCAUAUGAAAGUCAAAAUAAAAUGUCAGCCGAUUCAUUAGCAACACUAUUCACACCACAUUUAUUAUGUCCUCGAAAAUUAUCACCAGAAGCAUUACACACAAAUUCACAAACAAUGUCACGUAUUGUAUCAUUUAUGAUCAAAAAAAGUCAUAAACUAUUCGAUAUUCCACCAAAAUUAGCAACCGAUAUACGUGCAUAUUAUUUGGAACGUGAAAAAAAGAAAAUACUCUCACCGUUAAAAGAUUUAAACGAAUCUGUAUCAGAUAGUACAGCUGCGAACACAGUAUACACAUUUGUUGAUAGAGAACGAACCGCACAAGAGCAUGUAACAAAUCCAACAGAGGCAGCUUUAGCACAAUUAUACGCGCAUAUACAAUCAUUACCGGAAUCGUCUAAGAAACGUAAAUUAAUUAAACAAUUUAACAAAGAGAAUGGACAAGGUACACCAUUACAAAUUCAACGUUCACAAAAGAAGGAUUUACGUGGAAAAAGUUUAGGUGAUUCAAUUAAAAAGCAUAUAUUUCAAAAAACAUUAGCGAAAAAUGUGAAAAAAAGUAGUUUACUGUUAACGCCUGCAUCGACGGCUUUAUGUCAUCAACAUAAUGAAAUUUUAAAUACACCUGAAAAUUUGAAUAUAUUUUCAACACCACAACAAAUCACUACAAUAUCUCGUUUAUUUUUGGAACAAAAUGAAACUGAAUCAACAACACCGCAACCUAAAAAAUGCUUGGAUGAAACUAGUGUAGAACAAUUAAUAAAUUAUUCAGACAAUGAUUUAAUAUUAAAUAAAUCAAAAACGGAAGAAACAGUAAAAAAUUUACGAUUCUCUGAUGAAAUACAAAUAUUGAAUAGUUCGUCAUCAUUACAAGCGAACACUGAAGAUGACGAUAUUAAUGCGAGGGGUAUUACUACACCAGUAUCAAAAAUUGAACAAAAAAACUCUUGGAAUACUAGUAAUUAUUUAACAAGCACUCCAGCUGGUACUUGGUUAACAAAAACAGCUGGAGGUGGUGGAGAUGAAUUAUUUACCCCGCAUGUUAUUGGCAGAAAAUCAAUGUCCCCUAUAACACGAUCUGCUCGUCGAAUGUCGAAAGCUAUGCAGGAAAGUAUGAUGACACCUCGAUCACGUAAACCAGUUUUAUUAAUAUCAGGCACAAAUAUUUGUCAACUGGCAUCCGUUCGAACACCAAUACACACUAGUAUUAUCGAAAAUGAGGAUACAAGUGAAGAAAUUGUUGCUGUUCAGCAACAAAACGAUAAUCCAAUUGAAAAUGAACCAUUAAAAACUGAUGAAAGUGAAAUAAUUCAAACUGAAUCCACUGAAGAUAUUGUUACCUCUGAUGAAAUGAUUGAUGAUACUUCAUUUCAAGAAAUGUCCAAAGAUGAACUGUCAUCAUUUUGUGACAAUUCACACACAUCACGGGAUCCAUUAAAAAAUGAUAAAGAAGAAACGUCAUUGAUAAAUAUUACAUCCGAUAAGACGACUAAUUGUACUUCAGAAAGUCGAAAUAAUACAUCAAGUUGUUUAUCUAGUACGUUUCGUGAUUAUUUAUUAACACGGAGUAUUUUAACGGCAAGUCCAGCUGAUUUAAGUUUUUCAAGUCGUGAGGGUGAUUUUGAUUCAUCGUCGUCGUCAUCUUCAGACGUAGAGAAUGAAGAAGUUUUAAAUGAUAGUGAAAAUAAAUUAAGUGAUUCAUUGUUAUAUUGUUUAGAUGGUAAUAAUCCGAAUAAUGAUUCAUCAUCGUCAUUAAAAAGACGAUUAGACGAAGACGAAAAUAAUGAAGUUGAAAGUGCGGCUGUUUUUCGAGCAGAAAAACAUUUAACGCUAAAAUUAAGAAAAUUAAGUCAAACGGGUGAUGUUGUCUAUGAAACAUCGUUGUAAAAAGAUUUUAUUAUUUUUAUAAAAUUAACUUUAAACUAUUAGUUUAGUUUUUAGCUUGAAGUUUAAGGGAUAUCGGCCUUGAUAACAUUCUUUUGAUAACACUCUUUUUAACUCUAAAAAUAUUGAUUUUGGGUCGUUCCAAUAAUUGAAUGAUAAUGAGAAGAGGAGAGGACAUUUGUGUUAAUAGUCCGCGGGCCUGCACAAUUUUUGUUUAAUGAUCAAUACAUAAUCGAAACUUAGUGGCUACUUUUUGCCGAGUCUACCAAACUUUCUCUUUACUGAUUUUUUUCGAAAAUGUUGCAUUUUCAAAUGAGCACGAUAAUGUCAUAUUUAAGUUCUCGAUCUGAAAAAAACUCAGCAGAGAAUUUUUCGGCCACUAUGACCACUUGUGGAUGUGGCAUCUUAGCUUCUUUUACCUCACCUUGAGGUGAUUUCAAAAAGAGUAGAUUUCAAAAAAAUAUAGUCUCAUGUGAGAUCGUCCGCACUGGUAGUGGGAGAUGGGGUAGUAUUUUGAUAAUCCGCAACGCUAAAUAUGUCGGUUCUAUCUCAUCAGGUAAUUGAUUUCAAAAUGGAUGAAAAACUGCUCACUUGAAGAAUAUUCCCUAUUCUUCAAGUACAUUCCCUAUUAAGACAUAAAAAUCAUAUCG